UGGAUGCAAUGUAUCAACCGAUUAUGAAUCAGCAGAUUAUCCCUAAGAGUCGUCCCCCUGUGGCGCCCAAACUAAGUCCACGAAAGGGCACAAAUCCUAACCUUAAAAAGGUUCCGAUCGUUAGGAGUCCCGGCGCUCAGUCUUCGGCCAAAAGAGGAAAUGAGAAAAAAGACGACAAAUUGAUUAAUCCUUACGACCUCUUACUUGCCGAAAGGACUAAAUUGAGAGCCGAGUUGAGUAGAGCCACCAAAUCAUAUGAGCAGAAAGUGGAGAACCAGAACCUGAUUGUGGCCAGAGAUGGGGGAACCGAUAGCUAUGCCUACAAACAAUUGGACAAAUCUAUUAAAGAAUUGCAAACAGAAAUUGAAUCAAUAAAUGGGAAGAUAUUGAAAAAUAAGGAACUCAUCGAUAAGAUCCAGAAGUCGAAAGCAAAUGCAAAACACUUUUUGGAUAAAAUCAAGUCAACGGGCGAUAUAUCGAAAAUAGAGCCCAAACAGAAGGAUAAGCCUAAGACUAGUGCCGACAAGAAGGCGCCGCAGAAGAGCCCAAAAUCAGGUAAAGACGCGGAAGUGAUAACCAUUGAUGACGACGAAGAAGAAGAGAAGAACAGUCGCUUCCAUUACUUCGAUUCGGGUCCGCAUUGGUGUAAGUGUUGCGAUAAGUUCAGCGAUAAUAUGAAGCAAUACUUCGCUCACAUCCACACCAAAGACCAUCAAAACAAACAGAAGGCCUCAGAGAGAACGCCAUGGAUUACAAAGGAUUAUAUCAAGAACUUUGAGAAAGUGAACACCAAAUCCAAGGAUAAUAAACUGGUGGUCGCCUCAAAA